CUGUUUGGUUAUUCUGUGUUUUUGUUUAAAUUAACCUACAAGAAUCAAAUAGAAAUUUACUACAAAUUUUUCAUUCAUAUUUAUUAUUUUUUCUAUUGAUCGAAGAAUCGAGGAUAACAAGUAGCAAUGGACAUGGACUUACGUUCUGUGAAAAUAGACAUCAUAAAAGCUAUUCAUAACUGCUCUCAAAGAGGCCUUUAUCAAACUGUGAAAUGGUUAUCAGAGUUAAAUUACGCUUUAAAUGAUGUGAAAUUAAAGGACAGCGAAAUUCCUAAAUACGAGGAAUCUGAAAUUGAACUGGAGGAAUACCUGGUAGCGAAGUCUUAUUUUGAUUGCAAAGAAUACGAUAGGUGUGCACAUUAUCUUAAGAAAUGUGAAUCACCCAAAUCUAAAUUCUUAUAUUAUUAUUCUUCUUAUUUGUCCAUUGAAAAGAAAAAGAUGGAUGGAAUGGCAGAUACCAAUUGUCCUCCUGAUCCAAAGAAAGAUGAUGAGCUGAGGAAUCUAGCCUCACAGUUAUUGAAAGAUAAUGUUAGAGAAAAAAUGGAUGGAUAUUUACUGUACCUCUAUGGUUUAAUUACGAAAAAAUUGGAUGCUACAUCUAUAGCUAAAGAUACGCUUCAGAGAUCUGUUGAGUCAGAACCAAUGCUGUGGUGCAGUUGGUUUGAAUUAGGAAAAUUAGUUGAGGACUUCUCUACUUUACCUGAUCACUGGAUGAAACAGUUUUUCAUUGCUCACGCUUCCUUAGAGCAACUGAGAAAUGAUGAAGCCCUUCAGAUGUGUCAAAGUUUAAGUAACAAGGGUUUUGUUAAGAGCAUGUUCCUUAUGUCCCAAUUAGCUUUAUGUUAUCAUAACAAUAGAGAGCUUGACAAAGCUAUCACCAUGUUCAGAAGGAUUUUGAAGUUAGAUCCAUACAGACUAGAUAAUUUAGAUAUCUAUUCUAAUUUACUCUAUGUACAGGAAAUGAAGACACAAUUGGCAGAUUUAGCUCACAAGGUUGUUACUAUAGAUAAAUAUCGAGUUGAGACCUGUUGUGUGAUAGGAAAUUACUACAGUUUGAGAUCUGAUCAUCCGAAAGCCGUACUCUAUUUCAAAAGGGCGUUAAAGUUGAACCCACGAUUCUUAUCUGCUUGGACUUUGAUGGGCCAUGAAUUUAUGGAAAUGAAAAACACCAACGCGGCCAUUCAGAGUUACAGGCGUGCUCUAGAAAUCAACAGCAAAGAUUAUAGAGCCUGGUAUGGAUUAGGACAAACUUACGAAAUACUCAAGAUGUACUUCUACUCUCUUCAUUACUAUAAGCAGGCUCAGCAACUCAAACCUAACGACAGCAGAAUGAUAAUAGCUGUUGGAGAAAUUUAUGAAAAAUUAGAUAAAAUCGAGAAUGCCCUGAAAUGUUAUUUUAAGGCCUGCAGUGUAGGCGAUGUUGAAGGGCUGGCGCUCAUAAGAUUAUCUAAAUUAUAUGAUAAAUUGAAUGAUACUGAAAAUGCUGCGGCUGCUUUUACAGAAUACUGUUUGAGGGAAGAAAGUAACAAAGAUAAAGCGUACGAAGAACAAACCGAUUUUUAUAAUGCUCUACAAUAUUUGGCCAAUUAUCAUAUGAAUAAAGGACAGCUUGAUGACGCCUACACAUACGCUUAUAAAUGCUUGGAUUGUGAUGAGACAAAGGAACAGGGAAAAGCCUUGUUGAAAGAGAUAGCGGCAAAAAGGGUGGAACGAGACAAUGAGAACAAAAUGGUUGAAUCCACAACAAGAGACCCUUCCGAAGCUGUGAAUUCCAGUGAUAUGAAUUUUUCUGAUAUGAAUAUGGAAAAUUAAUUCAUUGGGAUCUCUCAUUUCGUGCCUUUACUCAAAAAAACGGUCAAUAUACUUGAUUCUAUUCAUAAUAACAAUAUUGUCCAAUAAAAGCUGAAUAAAAUAUGAAUCGUCAAAAGAA